AUGUCAGACGGUUUCUCUUUAUCUGAUGCCUUGAUCACCAACAACAACCCAAACCCCUCUGCACCCCCACCCCAAGGCUGGCCCUCCUGGGGGAACCAGCCACCAGCUCCUGGAGGGUUCCCAGCCUAUGCUGGCCCUCCAGGAGCAUAUCCAGGAGCACCAGGAGCAUAUCCUGGAGCACCAGGGCCAUAUCCAGGAGGACCAGCAGGACAUGGACUGUAUCCGGGAGCACCUGGAGCAUUCCCUGGAGCACCAGCAGGACCAGGGCCAUAUCCUGUUCCAGGACAACCAUCCAGUGGCCCUGGAUUUGGGCCACCUCCUCCACAGGGUGGACCGGCUCCUCCCAUGAAAGUCCCCUUCGAGAUGCCCCUGCAGGCAGGACUCAUGCCUCGGUUGCUCAUAACCAUCACGGGGACCGUCAACCCCAACCCUAACAGGUUUUCACUGGAUUUCAAGAGGGGCAAUGACGUUGCCUUCCACUUUAACCCCCGCUUCAAGGAGGACAACAGGAAAGUCAUUGUCUGCAAUUCGAUGUUCCAGAAUAUCUGGGGAAAGGAGGAUAGGACAGCUCCUAGGUUUCCAUUUGAAGCUGGAAAACCCUUCAAGCUCCAGAUCCUUUGUGAGGCGGAUCACUUCAAGGUAGCAGUUGAUGAUGCUCACUUGAUGCAGUACAACUUCCGUGAGAAGAGGCUGAAUGAGAUCACCAAGCUCUGCAUUGCUGGGGACAUCACCCUCACCAGUGUCAUGCCGACCAUGAUAUAACUGUGGUG